AUGAAGCUUGUCUGUAUUUUUGUGGUUGGUAGUGUAGCUGUUGCCCAACAGGUUUACAUUCCGGUGAAAGGACCAUCACCACAAUCCGAAUGCGCUAUCAAUGGGAGCUAUGCAACAGCGACCCCUGUAUACUCCUACCGGGAGUUCAGCUUCACCCAGACCGAGACAAUCCGAACAGCAACCUCUCGUCCAGCCCCAACAACUACUAGGUUAUUUGCACCUCCAUACGCAUCGCUCAGCAGUCUUGUCCCUAGCCUGACAACGACACAAUGGGGCAACUGGGACCCUUCAUCGAAUGCGAGCGCCACGGAUACUGGAGCGCCGUAUGGAAAUGCUUCCUGGACAGCUGUUUGGAAAAAGGUCACAUGGACGAACUUCACUCGUGGAAUAUACUCAACUACGGUGGAGCCCACAGCUGUGCCCACUAGUGAGCUUAUCCUGCCUCCUCCCGAGUACCUUAUGCAUCGAGAUUGCUACAAAUUCCCUGCAGACUUCAUGCUAGGCGUUGCAGCAAGUGCGGUUCAAAUUGAGGGCGCAAUAGCAGACGAAGGACGAACGCCAGUCCACAUGGACGCCUUGAGCCUACUCAACCCGGGGGCAGCGCCAGACUACAUCACCAACGAAAACUACUAUCUGUACAAGCAGGACAUCGAACGUAUUGCCUCUAUGGGUAUCGAGUAUUAUCGUUUCUCAAUUCCGUGGUCACGCAUCUUGCCUUUUGUGCUUCCGGGGACACCCGUGAACAAGCAAGGUCUAGAUCAUUACGACGACAUCAUCAAUUUUGUCCUGGAAAAGGGCAUGCUACCAGCUAUCGUCCUACAUCACACCGACACACCUUUGCAGUUUUACUCUAACAUUUCAGAUAUCUUGAUCACGCCUGGAACUGGUGGUAUUGGAUACACAGACUCGGGCUUCCAGUACUCGUAUAAGAACGUAUCGUACGAGGAUGCUUUUGUCAACUAUGGUAAGAUUGUCAUGACACAUUUCGCCGAUCGUGUACCCAUUUUCUGGACUUUCAACGAGCCCCUCCUUGGGUCGAGAAACGGCAGGUCCAUUAACACUGUUAUCAAAGCACAUGCAAGACUAUAUCACUUCUAUCAUGAAGAUAUCAAAGGUACUGGCAAGAUCUCGAUCACUUUCAACGACAACUUUGGAGUCCCUCGCGACCCCAAGAACCCGGCCGAUGUCGAUGCUGCAAACCACUUUAACUCAUUCCAACUUGCCACAUUCGCCAAUCCAAUCUUCCUCGGCAUCGACUAUCCAGCGUCAUACAGAAUGACGGUCGCCGACUACGUACCUCUGAGUUCGUCUGACCUAGCCUAUUUGAAGGGUACGGCGGACUUCUUCUCCAUCCAACCCUACACAGCUACCGUCGUCAGCCCACCGCCCAGUAGCUCCAUCGCGGACUGCGCAUCCAACAUUACGCAUCCAUUGCGGCCUUACUGUGUGACACAAAGCACCACUGUUCACGAUACACAAUGGAACAUCGGAUAUCGCAGCCAAUCAUACGUAUACAUCACGCCUACCUACUUCCGCACAUACCUCAACUACCUCUGGAACACUUUCAAAGCACCUGUAGCCGUUACCGAAUUUGGCUUCCCGGUAUUUGGAGAGGCGGAGAAAGAGUUGAAGGACCAGCUGUUCGACAGCCCAAGGAGCCAAUACUACCAGAGCUAUUUGAACGAGGGAUUUAAGGCAAUCUGGGAGGAUGGCGUGCAGUGGAUUGGUGCUUUUGCAUGGAGCUUUGCGGACAACUGGGAGUUCGGCGAUUAUGACCAGCACUUCGGCAUUCAAACAGUGAACCGAACCACGCAGGAAAGGAGGUAUAAGAAGAGUUUUUUCGACUUCGUGGACUUUGUCGAGAGUCGGCGACAAAAGGAGUAA